AUGGUACCACUCUUAGAAAAUGCACCAGGUCAGGAAGAGAUUGCAGCAAAAUGGUUCAGUCAAGAUGUCUUCACUGAUGCCGAUGAAAGAGAGGAUCUGGGUAACGAUGAUAGUCAAGAUGAAAUGCAGCAAGAUUCACCCGAACAACCAAUAGGUCCAAAAAAGACUGUGAACUGCAUUGCAGACAGCAAAACCUUCCAAGAUGAAGACGGAAAUGAUUCAAAAGUGGAGAUAUUGGCUUGUGCAAAAAUGUUGCUGAGAAGAAGCAAAGGGAACAGAUUCUUGAUGACGUAUACAACAAAUGUCUUUUAUAUGAUGAGGGAUUACCCAAGUGGUUUGCGGACAAGGAAAAGAGGCAUUACCAGACAAUCAAGCCAGUGA